UUCUCUUCAUCUUCUCGACGGCUGCUUCGUUUCUCUCACUAUACCGCAUCCAUCGGCUGCUUUCUUUCUGGCUGAAACAUCUUUGUCGGCAGUUCCGCCUCUUUGUUCAUGCCACUGCCCCGGUUCUUCUAGAAGAACCACCCCAUCCACCAGACUCGCACUUAUAUAUUGCCCACGGGUGCUCCCCUCGGCCGCGCUUCUUCUUCCACCUACUCGACUCUGCACCUGCACCUCGUGGCCUAUUUCCCAAUUCUCCAAUUCUCCACACGAGUACGAUACUGUACUCCAUAUUAUCACUACCUGCUCCGUACUUUCAGCACAAUACGAGCAGCAAACGACAGACGCUUGGGGCCUAGCUGAAACUCCGCACCCCCUGGUUGACUCGAGCUCCAUCACUUCUUCCAAAGACGUUCUAUUUUCUCCCGAACAUUCCGUGGUUCAAACCUGCUGAGGCCCAAAACUGCUACCAAAGCUUCCAAUGGCGCCUCCUAGCGACACAUUCCACGAUAUCACAAUGACUGUCGUCCCUCCCUCCGACCACGACGGCUUCCGAGGGCGGACACGUGACCGCAAUAUUCCCAGCUCCAAGAGCUUGCGCCCAGAUGAAUCGAGCACGCUGCGAGGGCGAUCCCGUCGACGCUCCAUCUCUCCCUUCAGCCUGACUUCUCGAACCUCGUCUCCCUCAGUCAAGUCCUCCGCAAACCGCCUUAUACUCCACAACCGUCUGCGGGAGAAGCGCCGCGAGCACUGCCCUUCCAGAAUUGCCUCGCCGGCCAGUCAAGACGUCUUUCAGUCGCAGCAGCGGAUGAGAAGCCGCAGCCGAGGCCGCGGACCUCGUGUGGAGAAGGAACUCCAUAGACACGUCGAUCAUCUGUCCAGACUUCGAAACGAGGUGUUCCUGUCUGACGAGGAGACUGAUCACAACAAAGCUUGUUGACAUGGAAAGAAAUUGCUACGGCCACUCAACUUGGAUGUGGCAAGCGGUUGCAAUGCUUCGGCAUGCAAUCUGAAAAGCAACAAUGUCUGUACGAUGACCACCACGACGGGGAUACGAAAAGGUGCUUUUUUCUUUUUUAAUAUCGGUGUUUAUGAGGGCAACGCAUUGGGAAUACUAUUUGAGAAUGACUUUUUUGGAUACUAUCGGAGACUGGCAUGUCCCGAAAAUUGUGUUAUUAUCAUUAUUCAUUCUUAUAUUUGGCGCUGGCGAAGCUUACCAAGUGUCUUUUCUGAGCGGUCCAUUGAUGGCGGCGAGAGGCAGAGAAUCGCCUCGCGGUGCAACAUUUUUACAAUUAAUAGUCUGCAAUUCCAAAAUUUACCUGUUCUUCCA